AUGGCUCAGAACAAACGUGACGAAAAGGCCGACAUCAACAGAGAUGCCGAGCCUCACAUCUUCCAAGAUGAGCACCCAGAGAAGCCCAUCCCCACCUACGAAAAGACGGAUUACUCUGGUGCCCAUGAGAAGACAGAUCCCAAGGAAAUCGCACUUGUCAAGAAGCUUGAUCGAUGGAUGAUGCCUAUGCUUUGGAGCAUGUACUGGCUCAACUAUCUUGAUCGUAAUGCCAUUGCUCUUGCACGAUUGAACGAUCUUGAAGAGGAUCUUAACCUUCAGGGAACUGGCAAGUUGCCCAAUGAUCGGGAUGGUGUUGUUUGCUAA